CAUUUUGAAUCGCACCAAUAACAUUCAGUUCUAUAUUAUGAAGAACGUCUAUAUCAUCUUAGCUGCCAUCACCAUCUUGUUUUCGGUAGUAUCAGCUGUACCUACACCUGCUACUAAGACAGGCGUAGCAAAUGUCGGCACAACAGAUAAGGUUACCAUUUCUACAGGUUCAACGCCUCUUGCGCCUUGUGUGGAGGAACCAUGCAAUCACAACAAAUGAACGUAUCACUUUGGAUUACGAGAUGAUUAACUGAAUUAUAGGCGAUACAAAAAAGAUGUUUUUCUUGUCAUAUCAUUAGCAACCUCAAAAAAAAAACCAUCACGAUGAUCUUUCACCUUACUGUGCCCUGAAUCUGUUCAAAGGGUUUCUUUUGGGCGUCAAAGCAAGUUUGUGAAUCUAUCUCCGUUCAAGCCGAAAUGAUCAUAAUUAUAUCCGAUUC